GAUCUCUCUCUCUCUCUCAAGCACACAAACUAACACAAAUAUUGAUCUAAGGAUGAAUAUUGUGUUUCAAAAAAGUGAUUUCAUAUUCAAAAAAGAAACAAACAUUUAUAGCACCAAGAACAGAAGUAUAUCAUGCAGGAUGAAAGACUUGCACAUGCAAAACAAGAAUUUGUACCAAGUUCUUUCACUAGAAUCGCGAAACGUUAGUUUCGAAGAGCUGAAGAAGGCGUACCGAGCCAAAGCUCUUCAACUCCAUCCAGAUGUGUGCCCCUCUUCCAUUAGAGAUGAAUGCACCAAGAAAUUUGUGGAGCUACAGAAAGCCUACGAAGUUCUUUCGGAUCCAAAUUCAAGAAGAAUGUAUGAUAAUGAAUUGAUCUUGGUUGAAUCUUUCGGGUCAUGUGGCUCCGGUUGCCUUGAUUGUGAUGAGCAAAAAGGGAAGUUUUCAAGGAAGGUGUGGGAAAUGCAACUUGAAGGACUCAAGAAACGAUCUGCGGAUCGAAUGGAGAGUAUGAAAAAUGAAUUUAACGUAGGAAAAUAUGAUUAAUAUCUACAUCAAUCCGAUCGUUUGACAUGUUGAUAACGUUGCCUUGUUCGUUAAUAUAUUACUAUGCAAUUAACUUCA